AUAGUGCUCUUCAAAUUGAACCCCGGCACGUCUGAGGAGAAGAUUGCACAAUUGAAAGCAGCUGGACAGGCAAUGGUCGGACAGGUUCCAGGCCUUCUGAAAUUCGACUUCGGUCCUCCUCUUGCGUCUACCGCUCACAGAGCCCAAGGUUUCAAUCUCGGGCUGAUCGCGGUGCUAGAGAAGGCAGAAGAUGUCAAGGUAUAUGCUGAGCAUCCGGCACAUCUGAAGUAA